CUUCAAGCCGCAUAGUCGCGUUUGAUACAUCGAGAACACAAGGCUAACAUCUGUACUAAAGAAUGGAGAGCGAACAGCAGCAGCAGAACGACCAGCCCGCCUCGCCGACCGGCUUGGCCUUGAACGAUGCGCCAUUGACGGAGGCAGAAGAGAAAGAUAUCGACGAACUGGUGAAUGAACCGGAAGAGCAAGAGAUCGACGACAUGAUGAUUGAUGCAGAAGAGAAGGAGAAGGACGAGAUGGCGACUGAAGCGGAUGAGCAUGAGCACGAGACAGAUGAAGCCAUCAUGGAGAAAAGCUUGGAUGACUUCCUGAAGAGCUUCGAAGACGACGAGAAGAACUCUGAAGACGACGAGAAGAGCUUAGAAGACCUUCUGCAGAGCUUGUCCGAGGAAGAAGAACAGACUCCUACACCAAUUUGGCUUCCGAGAUGCGUCGCGUCGACGAAUGUCCCGGACCAAGCUGCCCAAUGGAAGCGGAAGGACGGAACGUACUACAUCACGGAACCACGCUUGGAAUACUACAACUUCAAAGAAGCUCAGUGGGCCCCAGAUGGCUGUGCGGUUAUCGCAAGCGACACGACCAACAACUUGCGCACUUAUAUACCGCCCCCGGGUAUCCUAGCGGAGACAGACGUUCACAACAUGUCACCAUUUGCAUCAUUCCGGGCGCCAGAGUCUAUCUACGCGUUUGCACUAUGGCCUGGCUUUGACUUUUACGACAGGACCACGGCCAAAGUGCUGUGCAGCAUGCGCGACCAGCCUCUCCGCCUGAUCAACGCUUGGGGUGGUCCUUCAGCUGUUAGCAACGGCUCGUACCGCCUAGUUACCCCAAACACCGAAAAAUGGAUGACCCCACACAGUCUCGCCUGGACGCAAUCGUGGACCCACUUCGUCGCCGGGUCGGACAGCACGAUCGCUAUCUUUGACGUACAGCGUUACGGUGAGCCCGUAAAGCGUCACAAGACCAAGAACAUGACCGCGAAGGGCGUCGGUACCAAGGGCCUCGUGUCUUCUUUGAGCAUUAGCACCAACAGAGUCCUCGCUUUCGGUACUUGCAACACUCGCCAAGUAGGCCUGUACAGCAACGAAGGGAACGGUCACGCCAUCACCUUCUUCCCAGUUUCUGGCAAUCAUGUCAACAAGACUGAUGGAGGAGGUGUCACUAAUGUCGAAUGGUCUCCUUGUUCUACCUACCUCUACGUGGCCGAGCGGCAGAGCGACGUCGUACACGUAUACGACAUGAGGAUCACAGCGCGCUCACUUGGGUACAUGGAGGGCCGUAACGCCCACACCAACCAGCGUCUUGGCAUAAGUGUUGCAUCUUGCGCAAACGGCCACCGAGUGUGGGGCGGAGGGGUAGACGGUGUGGUGAGAUCUUGGGAUAAUCCUCACUGGAGCGAGGGGGUGGUGCAGCCUUCGUGUGAAAUGAAGGCACACAACGGGCCCGUUACGUCGGCGCUGGAGGACCCUUCGGGGCAGCUUCUCGUCACUUGUUCGGCCGAGAGCUACCGCGACUCGUCGGACGAUGAGGAGGGCGAUGAGGAUGAUCUGCCGCAGGUGGAGGCUGGCAUGAAGUUGUGGGUUUUGUAGCGAGAGCGUGGCCAGAAAUUGUAGAUUAGCGUGUAGUUUUAUACCCCAUGGCCCCCUAAGUGGCCCAUUCUGAAUGUUAAUAAUCAUGAUUAUGCCCCC